AAAUGAAACUUUGAAAUAAAGCUGGUUAACAAGAAAACUAAAUAGGGAAACCAAAAAUAUGAGGUUAGGCCUUCUAUAUAUAUCAUAAACUUGCGAUGAAAAAAAACGCAACGAAAGAGAAAUGGGUUCGAAGUCUCCAAAUAUUUCUGCACUUGUGUUACCACUGCUUCUUAUACUCUUCACUCUUUCCUCUCAGCUUGAAGUCGUGGAAUGUACAGGCCGCAAACUGUCGUGGGGGUUUUCGGGAACGCCUAUCGUGUACACACCACCUUCAAGGUCAUGUGGAACUUCUCCAGCAGUAUUCACUUGGAAGUGGAGGAGACCCCGACCAUGCAGGCUUCCUCCAGGAAGUUAUAUUCCUGCUUCUGACCAAUCACCUUAACUAUGUGCGUCUGUGUCUUUGUGUAAGAGUUUUCAAGUUCUAUGCAAUAAUAAAGUGUAUGUGGUUUUAAGAUUUGGUUUACACAUCUAAAAUCAUGUGCUCCUUUCAAAUGAUGUAAACAAAAACUAUUGUGUGUUUGAUUAAAAACUACAAAUAAUAUUAUUGAUCCUAAUAUUGAAAUAGUUGUUGAAUCCUUUUGAUCAGUGGUUGGUUAAGCCUCUAGCGUUUUUA